AUGGCUCCCUCUCGCCCCACCAAAGUCCUCAGCGUCGGGCUCCCUCGCACGGGGUCCUACUCCAUGAUGCUCGCCCUCACCGAGCUGGGUUACAAGGACGUCUACCACGGCCUCAAUGCCAUCGACAGCCCCGAUGACUGGCGCUUUUUCGGCCGUGCCUCCGACGCCCUAUUCCCGACAUUGCCCUCAUACACCGGCAAGGGCAUGACCACCGCCGACUGGGACCACAUCUUUGGACCCUGCGAAGGAAUCACCGAUAUCGCGGCCCCCUUCACCCCAUCGCUCAUCGAUGCCUAUCCUGAAGCGAAGGUCGUUCUCGUCAUCCGGGACUACGAAAAGUGGCGCGUAUCGAUGAAGGAGGUCAUCUCUGGCAUCUUUGGGCCCCUGACGUGUUUCAUCCGUGACUACGUCGAGCCCAUGAUGGGCGCAGACAGCGCGGGGAAUAUCCAGAAGAUGAUGCUGGGUUGGGUGGGAGCAAGCGACGUUCCCGACCUGGAAUUGAAGCUCGGCGAGGUCUAUGAGCGCCACCACAAGUACAUCAUGUCGACGGUCCCCAAGGAGAGGUUGCUUGUGUACAAGCUCGGGGAGGGCUGGGGUCCCUUGUGCGAGUUCCUCGACCUGCCAGUGCCGGACAUGCCGUUUCCGCAUGGGAACGAAGCUGCAGCGCUCAGAAGCAAGAUCUUUGACAAGCAAAAAAGAACAAUUCUGGAAGCCGGUGCUCGUUUUGCGCCGUGGCUUGUCGGCGCUGCUGCUGUUGCCGGAGGGCUGUGGUAUACCCUGUCAAUGUAG